CUUAGCACCAUUUGCCAUUCGCAUUGUACACUUCAAAGAGUGCUCUUCCGUGAAACAUGACAGCUUUUAACAACACAUCAGACAGUAUGAAAGAAAUCAGAAGUAGUUCAAAAAAUCUUGAUGUAUACAAAUAUGUACUGGCUAUCAAAAACAUGUGUGAUAAAAAAUUAUUUCCGGAUAAUUUCGACGUCUGGACCGUAGAGGAGCAAUAUACUUGGAUUAACGAGAAUCUUGCCACGUUCUUUCCAACUGUACCGCAAACUUUGUUGCGCUACAUCCCAAGUUUUUAUCAGCAACCAAAUUUUGAUCGAUCACCAACGGAGAUACCUGAAUGGCUGGACAUGGAAAAAUAUAGUAGAGGACAAAAAUUGGUGCGCGAUUAUUAUCUUUCAGUGAUUUUUGCUAAAAUACUCGGCAUAAUAUAUGUCUAUUCUUUUGUCGAUGAUUUAAAACCGAUUAUCCAAAACAGACAAGCUGAUACGCCGUAUUUAGGAUUCGAAAGGUAUUUGUCAACCAUACUACGAAUAUUGGACUGGUAUAACGGGCAGCCUUGGGUUAAAGGAACAGCCGCAUGUAAAAAUAUGGAAUAUGCACAUAGAAUGCAUUCGUUGAUGAGGAAAAAACUGUGCGAGCUGGACGAUGAACAAAUCGACAAUGCGUCAAAAGUUGCGAAGCCAUGGUGCCCGGAUCGCGAAUUACUUUUAAAAGAUUUUGCUUUGGCUUGCCCCUUUGAAAAAUCUGGUCAACGUCCUCAUAUCAUGCUUGAAAACUUGCCAAUGCAUAAACCGAAAGGUCUACAUUCGACAUCUAUAGCAAUGACUCAAUGCAGCUUCAUAAGUACAAUUUUACUCACUCCACAAAAGCUUGGAAUACAUAACGCAACCGAUGAAGAUCUAGAAGCCUUUUGUCAUAUGUGGAGAUAUUAUGGGUAUUCUCUUGGACUUGAUGACGAACAGAACUUUUGCCAUGGCAGCUUCGAGGAAGUAAAAGAACGUGUGCAAGAUUAUUAUCGCUAUUGGGUAAUACCGAAUUUGAAAGAAAUUACACCCGAAUGGGAACAUAUGACGAGGUGUCUCGUUGAACCUUUAAAUUAUUAUCCUUUUAUAUAUAUGCCUUAUAAAGUAAUGAUGUUAUUGGCUACAGAUGCAUUAAAUUUAGACAUGCCGAAUCUAUAUGCUUCACUUAGUUAUGCUGAAUGGAUUGCUCACAAAGGCUGGAAAUUUAUAAUAGAGUACGCUAUGAAGUUUUCAAUGGUUCGAGCAGCAUUGAAUAAAGUUAUACUCAAAAUAAUAGAUACAGCGGUAAACUUUAGUACAGAAAAGCGAGCACAGCUUAAAAAGAGAUCAGAAGAACAAUUACUAAAUUUCUGUGUUAGAUAUCAAAACCAAACAUAAUUAUGAUAUAUAAACUACAAACGUAAUUAGUGAAAAUACUUCAGUAGAAUUAUUAUCGGGUUCAGGUUCGUACGCUUCCCUAAAUGUAUAACAAUUUAUAAUUCCUUACACAUGUUUAAUAUAAUGGAGAAAGAUAUGCAUAAUGAUAUUAUUAUAAAAAAUAUGUCACGUAUACAAAUAAUUUUAAAAAGAAAUAAAAAAAUUAAGAAUA